UCAUAACAUAUAAACCCUAAACCCUAAACGUUUUCUUGAUUUCACUCCGACCCCAUCGACAUCCUGUCCAAGUCGAGUCCCCGAGUUGCAAUCUUCCUCAUCUAAAGAAGAUUCUUCGAGGGUUCUUGAUCUGGUGCCAAAACCCUAAACCCCACACUCUCUCCCUGCUGUCCCAUCAUCUUGAUUUGACGCUUUGUUCAGGUUCUCACGAUGCAAUCAUUCCGCAAUCUUCUCCACCAAAGCAUGCUCCUCGCCGGAAACGAACUCUUGUCCGGUUCUUCUUGAUGCGAUGCUCAAACCCUGAAGGCCACACUUGCCCGCGCUUUCCCAUCAAACCCCACCGUGACCCUGCUCGGGCCCUCAAGGCUUGAUCUUUCGGUAAUCCUACCCACUGUCUUCCUUCGUCCCAUCGUCUUGGUCGAUGCUCAGACCCCAUCACUACGCUGUCCAAGUCAUCAAGAUGCAAUCCUUACGCAAUCUUCUCCACCAGAAGAAGAUUCUCCUACUCUCAAGAAGCGUGUUUGGUUCGCGUUGCCUCUCUUCGAAUGUUGCCCAAAGAUCGAAGCUACCAUAUUAUUCGAGCUCCUUCGGUCCUAGAGAUCGAGGAUCGGAGGAAGGGUCUGCCGGUUGGUCUGAAACCAGCAGCGCCAGUGCGUCCGCCACUCCUUGGGCGUCCUACAAGCCCUUCACGGAGCAGCUUGAAUCCAGAGGCGAAGAGGAGCCAGUUGAGUGGCAAGAAAAGAGGGCAAGCAGGAGAGGAAGCGGUUCUGGAGGGGAUUUGGGCGAGGGAGAGGAUAAGCACGAGGUUACAACGUUCUUUGAUCCCUUGGAGGGAAAGAUGAUGACAAUUCCAGUGGUAGAAGAGAGGGAUGCUGCUGUCUACAGACAGGCAGAGAAGAGCACCUGCAUUGAGAAUUCUGAGCAGAAGAAAAUUAGUGGGAGACCCCAAAGAUUGGGGGAGUGCCAAGGCAAGGGUUUCCAGAAAAAUGAAGUUUCUUUAGGAACCACCUCUUUUGUGAAGAGGACGACGGCAAAGGUGAAGGUUUCUUGGGUCUGUGAGAAUUGUGGAGGGACCUUCGGACAGUGGUGGGGAACUUGUCCGACUUGCCAGACCGUGGCCUCGGUUAAGAGGUUUAUUGAGGCUGAGGUCAGCAGGGCGAGGGGAGCUGAGGUGUCUGAAGCUGCAGUCAGGUCAAAGUCAUGGCUUUCUCCGAAGUCAGGAACAAUGGUCCCUCUGAGCUUGGCAGAUGUGAACAUGGACCGAAACCAGUCAGAAUGGAGAAUCCCAUUGGCUGGACAUUUUGGAAUGGAGGUCUCUAGGGUGCUUGGUGGUGGUAUUGUACCAGGAUCUUUACUUUUAAUUGGUGGUGAUCCUGGUGUUGGCAAAAGUACACUACUAUUACAGAUAUCAGCCAUUCUAGCUCAAGGAUUCAAUUUUAAGGGGCCUGCUCGAGUUGUUUAUGUCUCUGGGGAGGAGAGCAUUGAACAAAUAGGGAACAGGGCAGACCGCAUGGGAAUCACCACAAAGGAUCUUUUCUUGUACUCAAGUACAGAUGUUGAGGACAUUUUGGAUAAGGUCCAAAAUCCUCCCCCACAAGCUCUUAUUGUGGAUUCUAUUCAGACUGUUUAUUUGAGAGGAGUUACAGGAAGUGCUGGAAACAUCAUGCAGGUUAAGGAGUGCACAUCUGCCUUUCUGAGAUUUGCUAAGCAGACGAAUAUUCCUGUUCUUUUAAUUGGACAUGUAACAAAAACAGGAGAUAUUGCUGGGCCUCGGAUCUUGGAGCACAUAGUGGAUGCUGUUUUAUAUAUGGAGGGCGAGAGGUACUCGUCUUAUCGGCUUCUCCGUUCUGUGAAGAACCGCUUUGGUUCAACAGAUGAGCUUGGAGUGUUUGAAAUGUCGGAGUCUGGUCUGGCAGCUGUAUCAAAUCCUAGCGAAAUAUUCUUAAGUGAUAAUUUUCCUGACUCUGAUGUAUUAGCUGGACUUGCAAUAGCUGUGGUCGUUGAUGGAUCUCGAACUUUUUUGAUUGAAAUCCAGGCUUUGUGCGUAUCUGAUCCUUCUUCAGUCUCAAGAUAUGCCAAUGGGAUAAAGGCAAGCAGAGCUGACAUGAUAAUUGCUGUUCUCAUGAAACAGGCUGGUCUGAAGCUACAAGGCAAUGCGAUCUUUCUGAAUGUUGUUAGUGGGUUCAAUUUGACUGAGACGGCAGGAGAUCUGGCGAUUGCGGCUGCGAUUUGCAGCAGCUUCUUGGAGUUUCCCAUCCCUAAUGACAUUGCUUUUAUCGGAGAGGUUGGCCUAGGUGGCGAGCUUCGUGCUGUACCAAGGAUGGAUAAGAGAGUCAUAGCUGUUGCUAAACUGGGAUUUAAAAGGUGCGUCAUACCGAAGGCAGCUGAGAGAACGCUGACGUCACUUAAUCUGGAUAUAACAAUACUGGGCUGCAAAAACUUGAAAGAAGUCAUCAACACGGUGUUUCAACCAGCUUAAUCAUUAUGAAUCUGGUUAUUUGCUCCUAUGGGCGGACACAGCAGUUUUAUACUUGUGACCACUGGUAAGAAAGGAAGCUGCAAUUUUUCGUAAACAGACAGCCCCACUGCUGUGGUCACAAUGGAAUUUUUGUACUUCACCAAACCAUGUCUUUGUCUGGUAGAAGGAAGCUGCAAUUUUUGUUCAUUACGUAGAACGUAAUGGUUGUUCAUUACGUAGAACGUC